UGGCGGUGUUUUUGCUGAUAAGAACAGCUGUAAUUGUGAAUGUGAAAAAAUUCGUGGGACCGUGGAUUUAUAUUUAAGAAUAAAUAAAUAAAGGUAGUAAUAUUAAUAAUACUGAUUUUUAGCUUUUAAAUAAUGUUGUAUAGUUAGUAAAGCAUAUGCUGCAUUUUAUUAUGCAGUUUAUGGUAAGGAUUUGUCUACGGAAAAUGCACAGUUUGUUGUGUAAUGAAGGGAACUAAGGCAAGAAUUAACAUGAUGGAACAUAUGUAUAGUGAAUCAAACUAAAUUCAAAAACGAAAGAUUCAGGGAACCUUAUCCAUAUGCAAAUAAAUAUGCGUGUAUGUAACGCUGGGAAGCAAGCUGUUGUGGUGGGAAGAAAGAAAAAUAUGUUCCGACCUUUCAAGUGUUGUCAGUGCAAAAGUGUGCCGCCAAACAUUUAUCUUCUCAAAUGAAUAUCGGCAAACGAAUUAUUUCAACGGACUGAUUAAGGUAGAAAUGUAUCCGGCAUUUCGCCUGGUUUCCUCAAAACCCGCUGUGUGGCUGAAACCGUUGCCAAAAGUUGUGAUUAGUCGACAAAAGCGGAUGCUCUCGCAGAAACCAGAAAGCAUUAAGUUGCCCCCUACGCCAGAAGCGUGUUGCCUGGCUGGGUGUAAAAAUUGCGUUUGGGUUGAGUAUGCGCAUAAAAUUGCGGAUUUGAUGUCUGGCUAUGAUGAAAGGGCAAGAGGAAUUAUCUUGAAUAGAGUAUCAGAUCCGGUGUUGAGAAGUUUCUUAAAAGUCGAAUUGAAAAGCAUCCUUGAACAGCGAGAGGGCGAAAAUAUCGAUAAAUGAAGAGGUAAACACUUUUGUGGAAAAAUGUAUGUAUGUACCAGGGUUGUUGCGAAUAUUAUUCCGAA